AAUCUUCAAACAUAAAACGAUAGAGAGAGAAACUCCAAAAUCUCAUUCUCUCUCUAACUUCUUCUUCUUAAAAAAUAAAAAAAAAUAAAAAUGAAGAACGCCAAUAACACCAACAACACAAAGCUAAUCCUUCUCCAUCCGUACAUCCUCAAACAAGGAAACUCAAACCGCCUUUGGCUCCUCGCCUUCGUCUCCUUCUUCACCGUCGCCUUCCUCCUCACCCUCAUCUACACCCGCGACUCCUCUUCCUCCUCGUCUACCGCUUCCUCCACCACCAUUUCCGCCGCCGUAGUCCCUGCCGCGGCGGCGUUGCCGGCGACAGUGAUAAACACGCUCCUCCACUACGCGUCGCGGUCGAACGACACCUUCAAGAUGUCGUAUGGCGAGCUGAAGCCGAUCGCCGACGUGCUGAGGAAAUGCUCGCCGCCGUGCAACCUCCUCGUGUUCGGCCUCACGCACGAGACGCUCCUCUGGAAAGCGCUGAACCACAACGGCCGUACCGUCUUCAUCGAUGAGAACCGCUACUACGCCGCCUACUACGAGCAGCAGCACCCCGAGAUCGACGCCUACGACGUUCAGUACACGACCAAGACGAGCGAGAUGAGGGAGCUGAUCAUGGCGGCGCGGGUGCAGGUUAAGAACGAGUGCCGCCCCGUGCAGAAUCUCCUCUUCUCCGAGUGUAAGUUGGGCCUGAAUGAUCUGCCCAACCAUGUGUACGAAGUGGACUGGGACGUUAUCUUGGUGGAUGGGCCCAGAGGGGAUUGGGCCGACGCGCCGGGGAGGAUCCAGCCCAUAUUUACGGCGGGAGUUUUGGCGAGGAGUAAAAAAGGAGGGAAUGCGAAAACGCAUGUUUUCGUGCAUGAUUUUAGGAGGGGUUUGGAGAGGGUUUGUGGGGAUGAGUUUUUGUGUAAGGAGAAUUUGGUGGAAGCGAGUGAUUUGCUUGGGCAUUAUGUUGUGGAGAGAAUGGAUGAAAAUAGCUUCCAUUUCUGUCGUAGCCAGAAUUCUACGACGGCGUCUUAGUUGUCGUUUGUUGUUUUUUCCGCGGUUUUUUAUUUUUAUUUUUAUUUUUAUAUUGGUCGUACGUACAAAUAAUGUUUCAAUCGUUAGUGUUACUGGUUUGAUAAUUGGAUGGAGUUAUGAGGAGGAUGGGGGAGAGAAAGGAUGGAUAUUUAUGAUGGGGGUUUAGAAGGUUUUUUUUUUUUUUUUCAUUGUGGGGAAUGGGGAUGUAAAAAAUAAUUCUUUUUCGUUUUUUCCCUUUUUUUGGGCAAUCUGUAAAAGUGUAAUACAAUUGAAGGUUUUUUUUUUUUAAUCGAAAU